AUGGCUUCAAAUGGUUGCAUAUAUUAUGAACAAUUAUGUGAUUCAUCAUCAGUUCGUAAUGGUUCAUUUUAUGUAACAAAUACUCUCGAUAUAAAACAUGAAAGUAUAACUGAAAUAAAUAAUAAUGGAAUUUUACUUGGUGGUGGUGUAUCUGUUUAUUUUUCAUCAACAUUAAUAUUAUUAUUUUGGUCAUAUGUUCAUGGAAAAAAUUUCUAUGAUGUGAAAAUGACACCAACAACAUCAUCAACAAAUGGUAAUAAUAAAUCAACUUCAACUUAUCAUACAUUAUGUUCAUGA